AUUGCAGGCAGCCUUGGGGCCGACACGGAAGAGCGCUUGGUGGAACAUCUCCUGAAUCCCGCCCAUUAUAACAAGCUGAUCCGUCCCGCCACCAAUGGCUCUGAGCUGGUGACUGUGCAGCUCAUGGUGUCGUUGGCUCAGCUCAUCAGCGUGCAUGAACGAGAGCAGGUGAUGACCACAAAUGUCUGGCUGACACAGGAGUGGCAGGACUACCGCCUGACUUGGGUCCCAGAGGAGUUUGAUGGCAUGAUGAAGGUCAGGCUACCCUCCAAACACAUCUGGCUGCCUGAUGUGGUGCUCUACAACAAUGCCGAUGGUGUGUAUGAAGUGUCGUUUUACUCCAACGCGGUGGUCUCCUACGACGGCAGCAUCUUCUGGUUACCACCCGCCAUCUACAAAUCAGCCUGCAAGAUCGAGGUCAAACAUUUCCCCUUCGAUCAGCAGAACUGUACACUGCGCUUCCGUUCGUGGACCUAUGACCGCACCGAGAUUGACUUGGUGCUACGCGCUGACGUCGCCAGCAUGGACGACUUCACGCCAAGUGGCGAGUGGGACAUCAUUGCCCUUCCGGGUCGACGGAAUGAAAACCCAGCAGAUCCGGCUUACGUGGACAUCACGUACGACUUCAUCAUUCGCCGCAAGCCCCUGUUUUACACCAUCAACCUCAUCAUCCCGUGCGUGCUCAUCACCUCGCUGGCCAUCCUUGUCUUCUACCUGCCGUCUGAUUGCGGUGAGAAGAUGACGCUGUGCAUUUCUGUGCUCCUGGCACUCACUGUCUUCCUGCUGCUGAUCUCCAAGAUUGUGCCACCCACGUCGUUGGAUGUCCCUCUUGUGGGAAAAUACCUGAUGUUCACCAUGGUCUUGGUCACCUUCUCCAUCGUCACUAGCGUGUGCGUGCUCAACGUGCACCACCGAUCGCCCACCACACACACCAUGCCCCCGUGGGUCAAGGUGGUCUUUCUCAACAAGUUGCCCGCCUUGCUCUUUAUGCGCCAGCCCAGGAAUAGCUGCGAGAGGCAGCGGCUGCGCCAGAGACGGAGAGCCCAGGAGCAGAAGGAAGGCGGGCGCAGCGGGGAGGCGGGGGCCCUGAUGGUGGGACUGGGCUUGAGCAGUGGCACAGGAGGGACUUCAACAGCAGUAUUUGCCAAAGAGGAUGGCGAUCCUUGUACCUGCUACGUGAACAGAGCAUCGGUCAAACAGUUUGGAGGUGAUCUGGCAAGUACAGGAGGAGGUUCCAUGGAUGGUCUGAACAGGGUGAGAGAGAAUCGGGAGGGGGGCUCUGGGAACCGAGGGAAGCAAGCCCCAGGGGGUCAGGCUCUGACUCAGGCCAUCCUGGCUCAAGCCUGUCCAGGCUUUGAGGAGGCUGUGGAAGGAGUGCGCUUCAUCGCCAACCACAUGAAGAGUGAGGAUGAUGACCAGAGUGUGAGCGAGGACUGGAAGUAUGUCGCCAUGGUGAUCGACCGCCUCUUCCUGUGGAUUUUUGUGUUUGUGUGUGUGUUUGGCACCAUGGGUAUGUUCUUGCAGCCCCUCUUCCAGAAUUACACAGCCAAAACCAUACACAUGCCAGGCUGA